GGAUGGUAUUUGCACAUGGCUUUCUCCACGUUAUUUGCGCUCUCUCUCUCCCUCCCUCCUACUCUGCGCCUGUGUCUCUCUACCCCUCCCUCUCCUCUCCCUCCCAUCUUAUUGGGCGUCGCCUGGCUCCACUAUAAAUACUACAAUAAACGUUUGGGUGAGCCCCUGCACUCUUCACAGAUCACCACCAAACCACAGCUUCUGCCUCUUUGCGUCCUGCACUUGCCGUCUGCAGCCAUGUCUGAAUUGGAAAAUUGCAUGGAGAAACUGAUCGUCCUCUUCCACAAGUAUGCCGAUGAAGAUGGCGAUGGAAAGCACCUAAGCAAGAAGGAAUUUAAAAAGCUAGUUGAGACUGAGUUACCCACAUUCCUGAAAAACCAGAAGAACCCCAAAACUGUGGAAUGCAUCAUGAAAGAUUUGGACACCAACAAAGAUGACAAGUUGAGCUUUGAAGAGUUUCUUCCCCUCGUCGCCGGCCUUUCGAUGGCCUGUGAAAGAUGCUACACGCUCCAGCAUUGCAAGAAGUGAUGGGCGGAUAUUAGGGAAAAAUUAUGAUGUUGAUUGGGUUUUUUGUUUUGUUUUUUGAGUGUAAGAGAAUUAUGUAGCACAAAUGUGUGCCAGAUUCAUAAGUAAAAACCACCUUUGACCAGA